AAAACCAAUAUAGCACAUUUUAGUAGAGAUAUUAUUGGGACAGUUCUCACCUUUUUUUGUUUUGGUGGCUACGCUUAUAUUCUUGCUCAUGAAAAACACCCCCUGAACAGCGAUGGUUCAGUCCACCCGUCAUCUGGGUUCCUGGUUGUGUGGUUUUUCUUUGCAUCUAUCACCUGUCUCUCUAUUUCACAACUUUUCUUUUAGUUUCUUGGAAUUAAACUUUUAGCAACAUGGCCGCCACUGCCGGAUCCCGAAUACCGCGGAAGGACGAUACCAGCUAUAGGUUACACUUCCGAAUGAUAAACGAGCAACAAGUGGAGGACAUCUGCCUUGACUUCUUCUAUAAACCACACACCAUCACUCUCCUGACAAUUACUGUGCUCAGCUUGAUGUACUUUGCGUUCACCAGGGACGAUGGACACUCAGACAACAACCUCCGUGUUGGUUUGGUGGUGGUCGUCUCCUUCUUCUUGGUCAUCAGUGUCUUGGCGUUUCCUAAUGGACCAUUCACCAGGCCACAUCCUGCAAUAUGGCGAAUGGUGUUUGGUCUCAGUGUGCUCUACUUCCUGUUUCUCGUCCUGCUCAUCUUUCUUAACUGGGACCAAGUGAAGACUCUCAUGUACUGGCUGGACCCAAACCUGCGCUAUGCCAAACGGGAAGCUGAUAUUAUGGAAUAUGCGGUAAACUGUACAGUGAUAACAUGGGACCGCAUCGUGAGCCACUUCGACAUCUUUGCAUUUGCCCAUUUUGCAGGGUGGGUCAUGAAGGCUCUGCUAAUCCGGAGCUACGGCCUGUGUUGGACGAUCAGCAUCACCUGGGAGUUCACUGAGCUCGUAUUCAUGCACCUUCUGCCAAACUUCGCGGAGUGCUGGUGGGAUCAGGUGAUACUCGACAUACUGUUGUGUAAUGGAGGAGGCAUCUGGCUGGGUAUGACUCUCUGCUACUAUCUGGAGAUGAGGACCUACCGCUGGGCCAGCAUCAAGGAAAUCCACUCCACCACGGGGAAGAUAAAGCGAGCUGUGCUCCAGUUCACACCAGCCAGCUGGACUUACGUGCGCUGGUUUGACCCAAAGUCCUCGUCCCAGAGGCUGGCAGGCAUCUAUCUCUUCAUGAUCCUUUGGCAGCUGACCGAGUUGAACACGUUCUUCCUCAAGCACAUCUUCGUCUUCCAGGCCUCUCAUCCUCUCAGCUGGUGUCGCGUCCUUCUCCUGGGAGUCAUCACUGCGCCCACUGUACGGCAAUAUUAUGCAUAUCUGACAGACACUCAGUGCAAACGAGUUGGCACGCAGUGUUGGGUGUUCGGUGCCAUCUCUUUCCUGGAGGCUCUUGCAUGUAUGAAAUUUGGCCACGACUUGUUUUCCAAGACACAGGCCCGCUAUGUCCUCCUGUGGCUGCUCUGUCUGGCGCUCAUCACACUGCUGUGUCUGUAUGGCAUGGUGUGGUAUGAGCAAAAGAAGAUGAAGAGCAUUUCUCUGCAGAGUGAGGACUGUAAUGACAGCAGUGUUGUUGACUCAUAUCCAGAUGGCAUUGCAGCUCGGAGCGAUAAUUUGAGAAGUUCACAACCUACAAAACGGAGGAGAGGCUCGGGGAAGAACAGAUUUGUGAACGGCCAUAAAGGAAAGAAACAGUAAACAACACUGACGCAGAGCAUUCAGCUCGCCUGUGAAGCAGAUAAGUGAACGAGAAGUCAGACCAGCUAGACUCGAUGAAUGUACCGAUGUUCUAAUUGGAUACAAAACACAACACUGAGGUGGACGCUUCAUUUCUAAACAGACCAAAAUAACAAAUUAAUCUUCCUUUAUUGUGAAUGAGAACUCACCCAACAUGUUCUGCUCAACAGUAGAAUUCAUGUUGUUUGGAUGUUUUGCACUGUGGGACAAGUGAGUGAGUGUGUUGAGUGAGGGCUGUAAGAACCAGUCCCCUCCCACAGCCCUUGGGAACAUAUUCUACAUACUCUUAAGACUUUUUGCAAUUAACCUCUUUCACUGGCGUGUCUUUAUAUGUUAUUAUGUAGAGUUUAUAGGUUUACAAGAAAAGGCAAAUUUACUGUUGUAUUUUGUAAAUUAUUUGAAUUGAGAUGAUUUAAUGUAUUUGUUCUUGUGUAAGGGCAUCUUUUCUAUAAAACACUGCGCCAUGAUGAAAUACAGCCGCUGUGCUUUUCAAAUGAAUGAGUGCCCCUGAACAAACCAUGGCCUGCACAUUUUAUUAUUGCAUUUAUUACUAAAACUGUCAAGAUAUCUUUUUUGUAUGUUUGUAAUUUUGUAUGUUUGUUACGAGUACAUGUUUAUAGUAUACAGGAAAAUACUGUGACUUUUAGUAGCAAAGGAUAAUCACUUUUGUGAAAUAGUCCAUCUUAAUAAGUCUUUUUUUUCAGUGAUCCAUAUGAAUGAAAUGUGACUUUAAUAACACAGUGUGGUCCACAUAAACCAUUCUCGAUACUGUUGAGUGUGUGGUGUAUUUGGCAUUGUUGUUUGAAUUAAACCUUAUUUAGCACUAAUCUGAUUUAGUGGUUCCAGUUACAUGAACCCGUACAAUACUUUAAGUGCAGACUACUGUGUAUAACUUGAACAUUUAUAUUGUGUUAUUGCUUGUGUAUGAUUUGUAUGGGUUUGAUUGCUUUUGUAGGUAUAAAUAUAUUACUACAUUAAACAAAUUUGUUAUGUUUUUUUGUAUA